AUGGCGCCGACGCACGAAGGACCAUGGGUCGCAGCGGCAGAACAACACUUCAAUGACUUACAGAGGACCAGCCAUGUCACCCGCGCAGCUGCUGGCGCCGCAGCAACAGCACCUUCAACAGCCAUGUACUUAGGUCUCGGCAUAGGCGUCGGCGGCGCAAUCCUCAUCGCCAUCGUCAUCGUGGUCGUCAAGAUCGUCAAGAAGCACCGCGAACACCGCAGUCUGAUCGAAGUUCUAGAGGUGGAAGAAGCGGUCCAGGUCGCGCGAGCGCAAGAGAUCAGAGAAGUCCCGAGACCAGCCAGUGGGGUGCGCCGCAGCACACUGAACCCGCUUCAUGUGAGGGCGGGAUGGGGCGCGCUGUCGUCGAAUGAGACGGUUGAUGAGCCGAGUUCUGCUAAAGCGGAUAAGAGGAGGAAGAGGGACUCGGUGUCCCUGCCAAAGGGGAAGAAGCGGAAGGGGAUUUCGUUGAGGAUGAAGCGGUUGACGGCGAUUAUGGAGAGUCCAAGGAGUAAGGCUGCUGCUUCUCCGGCUAUUGCGUUUCCGGAUCAGGUGCAGGACAGGGCGGUGGAACAGGUUCAGCCACCGAGUCAGCCGUCCAAGGCGUAUACGCUUCGCAAAGUCAGCGAUGAAGAUGUCUUCAUGUGUCCUGGAAGCCCGAAGCCGGACGUUCUACCCUCCUUCGCCAUCCGAUCGCCAGGCCGUUAUGGAGCCGGGAUCGCUACUAAUAACGACACCACGAAAGCCUCGCGCUCACGGUCCGUGGGCGCUCUCACAGUGACAGUCUUCGCGCCGCAAGACUUGGCUCAGGUUCGGAUGCCCAGUCGACCGCAGAUGCACACGCGUUCCAUCAGCUUGGGUGUGCCUCCGAGUCGACCUCCAUCAUGUCCCGUGCCGCCGCUGCCAGUCAUCGAACCGCUGUCUACUACCAACGAUUCGAAUGUGAGGCAAGGAUUCUGUGUCACGAGGCAAUCCUCGUCCUCGAGUCGUGAUUCUGCAAGCAGCUCGGUGCUGGUGUCUAGUCCCAUCUUGACGAUGCAUAAUCAGGACCAGCAGCCAGCGUCUCCAACCGUGGCUGACGUGAUCGCGGACGAUGACAGCGCCUCGCUCAAAAAUGUGGCUACGAAGCAAUGGCAGGCACCGCAAAAUGCCAUGGCGCUACCUUCGGUACUAUGCCGCGACAUGUCGAAGUCCAAGGCGUCGAUUCGCAGCAACAUGGCCCGGUACAGCAUCGAGACACUGUCAACAAGUCGCCUGUCGACUACCAGCGAGGAUUCCACCAAAACCAAGAUCAACAGACUGUCGAUCCCAAAGAUCGCGACCGCAGACCAGAUCAGCAUCAGUCGAGUCUCCUCGUCCAACUCCUUGAGCAGCGGCUCCGGGGUGAAGAAAGUCGUCACACCACGGAAAGCCAGACGAACAUCGGUAUCCGCCAGCGGCUCGCCUGCUGAGCGAAGGAAGACGAGUGUCUUACGCGAUAUUUCCGGCAAUUCCAUGGGACCGUCCCGCCAGCUUUCGAACGCCACGCAGGACUCUGGACGCAGUACUAAUGGAAAUCCGUUCCAGUGGGAUCUUCCUCUCACCAAACCAUCAGCGCUGAAAGGUAGCCCGAAUGCCAGGAAAGGCCAUAAGAGGCAGAACUGCGUCCGCAUCUCGACACUAACACCACAGAUCCUGGGCCCGCCGCCCAGUCGACCAACGAGUCCGAAUAUCAUGCACGGAAUUGAGGAAGAACCGACUGAUGAUGAGGAGUCGGGCCAGCUGCGCUUCGUUUCGAACCACCGUCUCUCGAGACCUCCGAGCGGAGCGUCUUUCGCACCGAACCUUCGCAUUCAGACUCUGCGUGCUUCGCUGACUCCUAGCUCGCCCACGCUGUCGGCGUGGAAUGCUUUCCAGGAGCAUGGUCUGCCUUCGCUACCGUCGGAUUCGCAGCUGUCUGCCUCGCCGGCCAAAAGGCCUGGAUCACGGCAGUCGGACUGCUCGUCAGCAUUCACCAUCCCCUCGUUCCCAAGCCCGAUCAAAGCGACGGUAUCGGACAUCCAGCUCAACCAGCCUGUACCGCAGUUCUGCCUCUCUCGGCCAUCGGCCGACAUCGAGGAUGACGACAGCUCAUCGCCAUUCGGUCUCCAGCUCUCUUCAGACCGCGACAUGCAUUCGAGCCCACCGCUACCAGCAUCGAAGCAUGUAGAGUACGACCCGGCACACCCAGCAUGGUCGACCGUUACCAUCCCCCAACCAAGCCCAGAAGAAUACGACCCCACAAGCCCAUCCUGGGACACCACAGAACCAGUGUGCAGCUCCCCCUUCUUCCCAUUCGCCGCACCCUCCAUCCCAGCGAGCGCUGGAUCCGAACAAGACGUCUCCCCCCGAACCGUCCUGCCCAACUCCUACGGCGGCGAUCUACCAGACACGCCGCCCUGCUCGCCCAAGACGAUGCCGGAGGGUUUCCAGGAUUUCUUCGACAACCGCAGCUCCGGCUCCAAACCUAGACGGUCUGAGGAGGAGAUGCUGACGUCUUCUAAUGCCAGUGCGAUCAUGGCGCGGAUGCCGAGUGUAGGCCAGACGGUCGACUUUCCGGGUGCGCCUGUGCUCGCUCCACCGGCACAGGCGGAGGAGUAUAUGCAGACGACGCUACAGCGCCCACAAGCGUCGCAAACGACAAGCGGUCGACAACGCUCAACCUCUACCGCGCAACCGCAAUACCACCCGCUCCGCUCCGCGCCUCCGCCACCCAUGCCAACCAUCCCCUCCAGCGACCUAGGAAACGAAGACCUCCCCGACGUCGAAAUGCCCUCUCCGCUCCACCUAGGCAGCAAAUCCACCUCCAAGCCCUCGCCCGGCCCAGUAGGACCACGCAGCCAACCAGCCAACUCCGUCCUCAAGAACGCUCUUGCCCUCCGUAGGAUGAACAGCGAAGUCAACAACCCUACCGACUGGUCUCCAGCCCAACCUCACGCGACCGAAGGCGAGAACGACGCUUGGAGCUACGACACCAACCGCGAGAGCAAAAAAUUUCUGCGCAUGGGCCGGGAAGCCUCGCCCUUGCUGCCGUGGAUAGGAAGUCCCGAGCUUGGGGAAGGCGAUGGUGCGGCGAUGGACGCGGUGUUUGAUUUUGGGUUCGCGGCUGCGGGGGCUGAGGAGGAUGAGUGGGAGGGAGCGGGGGGGUUGGAUGAGAUUGAUUUGAGUGAAGUUGAGAGGAGGCUGGAUGGGGCGUUGGCGGGUUUUGAGGCUGCGGCGGGGAGUGACGAUACUGUACUCGGGAUGCCUGUUGGGCAGGGACUCGGGGUGGACCAUAUAGAAGAGCGGAACCGAAUCUGUGAGAGGAAGGAGGAGCGAAAGACGCUGAGUGUAUGGGAAGACGGGGAGAAGUUCUGGGAGAGGCCGGGCCAGAGUAGUCCGCUGCCUACUGCUGUAGUGACGCCGAGGAAGAGCGCAGGGUAUGAGAAGGAAGUUUUGGACCGCCCGAGGAGCAUUCAGAUGACGCCGAAGAGUUUGUAUGACUCGGAUGGGUUCUUGAGGACAUAG